AUGGGGCCAGAAUGGGUGUGGGUAAUGAUGAGUGUGUUGGUUUUAGGAGCAGGGUUUAGUGAUGGGUGUUUGGAGCAAGAGAGACUUGCACUCCUACAGCUCAAACCUUUUUUCAAUGAUCUUCAGUAUUUACCCACCUGGACGGAGGAAGUGGGUUCAGAUUGUUGUCGAUGGGAAUUGGUUGAGUGCAACAUCACCACUAAACGAGUCACUGAACUCUCUUUAAACUGGAAGACAUCGUCUGGCUGGAUCAUGGAUAGUACUCCUCUGGACAUCAGCUUUUUGGAAAGCAUUGGUAUCUUGACUUCUCUCAAAACCUUGUCUUUGUAUGAUUGCAGUCUGGCUGGCACUUUACCUACCCAAGGUUGGUGCUAUCUAAAGAGUCUUGAAGAAUUGAGACUCAAUGGAAAUGCUCUAGGGGGUGCAAUUGCUUCAUGUUUGGGUAACUUGACAUUUCUUCGCUUCUUGGACAUCUCUGACAAUCACUUCACAGGAAAUGUUGCCUCCACUUCCCUCACAAAUCUCACAAUGCUUAAAUUCCUCUCCCUUUCAAAUAAUCAAUUUCAAGUUCCAGUGUCAUUCAAUUCAUUCGCAGACCACUCAAAUCUUAAAAUCCUUUUCAGCGAUGGAAACAAGUUAGUAGCAGAACCAACAGUUUUCCAAACUUGGCCCCUAAAACUUCAACUCAAGGUCUUCAGUUUGUCAAAUUGCACAAUAGAACAUAGGAAAUUACAACUUCCUAAUUUCCUCCACUACCAGUAUGACUUAAGAUACAUUGAUCUUUCGUAUAACAAUUUUGGUGGAAUUAGAUUCCCUGAUUGGUUGGUAGAGAAUAAUACAAGAUUAGAAACACUUUUCAUGACAGACAGUUCUAUUGUGGGUCCAUUUUUCUUACCAUUAGAUCCUCAUGAUUACGUGAGGACAAUUGACAUAUCCAACAAUAAAAUGCAUCAUAUUCCAACCAAUUUUUGCUCAGUUUUUCCAAAUUAA